CUUUCUCUAAAAACACACGCAAACUGUUCAGUUUGAAGUCUUCAAAUUUUGAUUCCAAGUUUAAGAGCAUUCGUGGCUUUUCGUGUUUGCUCCCAACCAGUUUCCGUUGAUGGUUGUUCAACUGCUCUGUGCACCAAUAGGCUCCUCAAAUAUACUUUAGUUUCAGCCUUUCAGCAAUUGGGUGAUCAUCAAAGCCAUUGAUUUCAGUUUAAAAAAAUGGUUCUUUGAAACUUGUCAGUGCGCAUGUCAUGGAUCUGGAAGGUGGAACUCGUGUAAACUCCGUUAAGAAAGAAUCAUGGAAAACAAUUCUGACUCUAGCAUAUCAGAGCCUUGGAGUUGUGUAUGGAGAUUUGAGCAUUUCACCGUUAUACGUGUUCAGGAGCACAUUUGCUGAAGAUAUUAGGCACACAGACACCAACGAAGAGAUUUAUGGAGUCUUGUCUUUGGUGUUCUGGACUUUCACGCUGGUCCCUUUGGUUAAAUAUGUGUUCAUAGUGCUCAAAGCUGAUGAUAAUGGCGAAGGAGGCACUUUUGCUUUGUACUCUUUGCUGUGUCGCCAUGCCCGAGUUUGUUCUUUGCCCAAUUGCCAAUUAGCGGAUGAGGAACUCUCUGAGUACAAGAAGGAUAGCUAUGGUGUGGCACCUAAGAGAGGCUUUGCCUCCAGGCUCAAGUCCAUGCUUGAGAAGCACAAGGUUCUGCAGAGGAUUUUGCUUGUUCUGGCUUUGAUUGGGACUUGCAUGGUGAUUGGUGAUGGUGUCCUCACACCGGCUAUUUCUGUUUUCUCCGCUGUGUCUGGAAUUGAGCUUUCAAUGUCCAAAGAGCACCACACCUAUGUAGAAGUUCCAGCUGCAUGCAUCAUAUUGAUAGGCUUGUUUGCCCUUCAACAUUAUGGCACACACAGGGUUGGCUUCUUGUUUGCUCCUAUAGUUAUGGCAUGGCUUUUCUGCAUCAGUGCCAUUGGGAUAUAUAAUAUAUUUCAUUGGAAUCCUCAUGUAUACCAAGCACUCUCUCCAUAUUAUGUUUUCAAAUUUUUAAGUAAAACUCAGAGAGGAGGUUGGAUGGCCCUUGGUGGAAUUUUGCUGUGCAUAACAGGAUCAGAAGCCAUGUUUGCUGAUCUUGGGCAUUUUUCACAAUUGUCAAUCAAGAUUGCUUUCACUUCUGUGGUUUAUCCAUCGUUAGUUCUUGCAUAUAUGGGGCAAGCUGCUUAUCUUUCUAGACAUCAUAACAUUGAGCACGAGUAUCACUUCGGGUUUUACAUAUCUGUACCAAAGAAGUUGAGAUGGCCUGUUCUGGUGAUAGCCAUACUUGCUGCAGUUGUGGGAAGCCAAGCCAUCAUCACUGGAACGUUCUCAAUCAUCAAGCAAUGCUCCGCAUUAAGUUGCUUCCCAAGAGUUAAAGUGGUUCACACAUCAUCCAAAAUUCAUGGGCAAAUAUAUAUCCCCGAGAUCAAUUGGCUAUUGAUGAUCUUGUGUUUGGCCGUAACCAUUGGUUUCAGGGACACAAAGCAUCUAGGAAAUGCCUCAGGUUUGGCAGUUAUCACAGUAAUGCUGGUCACCACCUGUUUAAUGUCACUAGUUAUUGUACUAUGCUGGCACCAGAAUGUUCUCCUUGCUCUUGGGUUUGUUUUCAUAUUUGGCACCAUUGAGGCUCUCUUCUUCUCCGCGUCUCUUAUAAAGUUCCUACAAGGAGCAUGGGUUCCAAUUGCAUUGGCACUUGUAUUUCUGAUUUUCAUGUAUGUUUGGCACUAUGGCACACUCAAAAAGUAUGAAUUUGAUGUUCAAAACAAGGUUUCCAUAGACUGGCUACUUGGCCUAGGUGCCAGCAUAGGUAUCGUACGAGUGCGCGGGAUUGGCCUUAUACAUACUGAGCUAGUUUCUGGAAUUCCAGCAAUCUUCUCUCACUUUGUAACCAACCUGCCAGCAUUCCACCAGGUCCUAGUUUUUCUCUGCAUCAAGCACGUGCCAGUUCCGCAUGUCAGACCUGAGGAACGGUUUCUAGUCGGUCGCGUAGGUCCAAGAGAUUUCAGACUUUACCGGUGCAUAGUGAGAUAUGGAUACCGUGAUGUGCACAAAGAUGAUAUGGAGUUUGAGAACGAUCUAGUACACAGCAUAGCAGAGUUCAUAAGAACAGGAAGCACUGGAUUAAACUCUUCAAAUGAUGAGAUUGAAAAAGAUGACAAAAUGGCAGUUGUUGGAACAUGUUCUACACAUUCCAUUUUAAUGAGUGAGGAUGAUGUAGAGUUGGCAGGGACAUCAUCAGAGCUUAAGGAGAUAAAGUCACCCAAGGUGAUCAAACAGAAGAAAAGGGUAAGGUUUUUGGUACCAGAGUCUCCAAAGAUUGACACAGGUGCAAUGGAAGAGUUGGAGGAGGUGAUGGAAGCCAAGGAGGCUGGGGUAGCUUACAUUAUAGGACAGUCAUACAUGAGAGCCAAACCAGGGUCUAGUAUUCUGAAGAAAUUAGUUAUUAAUUUUGUGUAUGAAUUCCUAAGGAGGAAUAGCAGAGGACCCUCCUUUGUACUAGGUGUACCUCAUGCAUCAUCUCUAGAAGUUGGGAUGAUGUGCCAUGUUUAAUUUUUUGUUACACAAAUGUUAAAGAGUUAUCAUGUACAUAUUAUCAUCUUAUAUAGAUAGUCAAAAAG